GGAGCCAGCAGGUGUCUCCCCUACACCACCACCCACCAGCAGCAGCAGAUAUAUACUGCACCGGAGACACUAUCCGUACAUUCAGUCUGCGCUUCAGCUGCCCUCACUGAUCGUCCUCGUUCCUCACUGCCGCCAUGUUGAGAUUCACCAUCCUGCUUGCCACCGUCUUGGUGGCCUCUGCUCACCCCUCCAACGUGGGGAUCUUUGAGAAGGAGCUCACGGAAGCGCUGCAGAAAUUCCUGGGACCCCGCGACCCCCACAUCAUCGCCAACAUCACCGGCCUUCACAUCACCACUGACCACAGCAGCAUCACCUUCAAUGCCUACGACACAGAGAUGUCGGGCUUCGCCAACGUGGUGGUCACCUUCUUCGAGCCGCCCAUCCCCUUAAUCACAAAGAUCGUAAAGAUGAACGUGAUGAUGGAUAUGGUAAAGUUCCACACUGACGACUACUCUCUGAGCGGCACUUUCAACGGCGAGCCCACCAAUUCCGCUGGCAUGGGCGAUAUGAUUUUCAACAAGUUCGGGAUGAAUCUCGUCCUCAAGGCUGAGAGCUACAAGCUGGAGCCCGUGAAACUGUGUGUUCAGGAAGGUAGCCUGACUGUCGACCUCACUGUCGAGAGCAUUGAUUCGGAGCUGGAGGGAGCUGAUGACAUUAACGCUGACAUCGACGCCAACGGCCCGACACUCAUGGAGGGCGUGCAGGUGUUUGUCAACGAAAAUGCGGACGUUAUCGUGGCUGUCAUCAACGGCGCCCUGUGUGAUGCCCCCUGAACACUCUACUCACCUUUCUUCUUUGCUGCCACAAACAUUUCAGAAUACACUUGAAUUGUUGCUUGUUAUUUUCUAACUUAUAUUUUUGAACUCAUGUAUUUAAUCACUAAACUACUGUUUUCUUUGUAGUUUUCCAACGUAACUUUCCUGUUCAGUCAUGAAUACUAAUAAUAAGUUAAAAAAUAAUUGGACGUCACCAAUUAUUAAGCAACUAUAUCUAUGUAUAAUAAAUUCAUAGAGAAACCAACAAACAAGUUCGUCAAGCAGAUGAAUAUCUGUUUUGUGUUAGCGGGAAUUUAACUAGUAAGUAAAUACGGUUUGUCUCACUAAACUCUGGAGAUCCAUCCUGUUGAUGAGUACUCGAUUCAAUGUACCCCAGACAAGACAAAACGUGACAGGAGGUUAUGUCGGUCCGACUAGACAAUGAAGCUGGAUAUUAUGUCUGUUUUCUAUUGUCUUGAGAUAAAUAAACUGAUGCAUGCCCU